AUGAAGUUCCAGCUUGUCCCAAUUCUCGCCUUUGCAUCGCCCUGCCUUGCACAGGUCGCGGCUAAUCCUCCCGAAGGAAAACAUUACUCGCCUGUUCCACUCAACACCUUGUCCGAGAACUCGACGUCCGUCAAUGUAGCGCCUUACCAGUCUAAUACGUCGCUAUACUAUCUCGGCUACAAGGAUGAAGACUGGUCUCGGCCGUUUGUCAAAUACUGGAAACCUGCUGUGAAGCAAAUCUCGGAUGAAGUGCAAAAGGGAAUCACUGAAAGUCCCCAUGCCAGCAAGCUUGUUUUCAGCCCUCAAGAGGCGCCGCAUUAUUUGACCCAGCCCGGAUACUUGCAGUUGGAAAACGGCUGGGCUGUGAGCGACGAUAACAAACUGAUGAUAGCCAUUCGUACUGAUAUGGGCAAUGGUACGGUAAAAUAUAAACUUUGGAAUCCAGUCGCUCGUCAAUAUGCUUACCGAAUGCCGAACGCAAUUGACUGGAGUAACAAGACCUUACCCGAACGUUACAUCGGAUCAUACUCUUGGAUAUAUGAGUUUAUCGGUAAUUUUGCCACUAAACUGACAGUUAACUUCGUGGGCCCUGCAUCUAUCGGCUUCAACAUUAGCGCCUUUGCAUCGCAAGGCAUAGAGACUAUUGUUACUGCGCAUAUCACUGGCAGUGGUCACACUACUAACGUCACUGGUAACUCCUACCUCAUGCAUCAAAUCCGCCGCAAGGAUGAUGGGCAGCGAGAGUUGCGAUCUCGAUUCUUCCUUGACGUCUUUGGAGAUACCCAAGGUCAUGAUCUGGGCGUUCAUUGUGCUGUUGAGAUGUCACACUUGGCAACAUUUCUGCCCCAACUAUUUGCGGAGUUCAAAGAUACAGUUUGA